CUAUCUCCAACGAAUCUCCCACCAGAUCAAGCUGAAUUCGCGCAAAAUUGAUUCCCAACUAAAUCCUCCAACAAACUCUAUCUCUACCCAUCCCAAUCCCCUCAAAAUCGGAAUGGAUUCGAGUUCUAUGGAGGUUUUGGGGUUGCUACUUAUAUAAAGAGGAGGCUGGCGUGGGCAAAGAAAAAGGAUGAGGGAAGAAGGCCAAAGGCCCUACCGGCACCCCUGCUCGCUGGAGCCCCUGAUGGCCUUGCCCGGUUUCUACUGUUGCUGCCCAUAGAUGGAGUAGACAGGCGGAGCCCCAGCCCUCGCCGAGCAGUCUUGCGCCACGGCCAAGAUCCUGCAGUGGCUGCCCAUGGAGGCCCCGCUCGUCACCCUUGCUGACGACGUGCCGGAGAAGAGGGCAGGCCUACAGCCCUCCUACCAUGCGCCCCGGAUACUCAACACCCUGCUGCUCCCUGCGCAGAUGGGAAGAGGGCUGGAGGCCCUGCUGGCCGCCGCCGCCUUGGCUUCCCUACUGCCAUAUCCUUCGCCGAAGAACAAAGGGCGGAGACCCUGGUCGCACCUGCUGUUGUGCGCUCCUGGCCGAAGGCCUGCUCCAUUGAAGCCCCUCCCAACCUGCCAUCACCAACCCCGGCUGCUCCUGUUGGCCGUCCUCGAGGAGAGGGUGCCAUUCCUAUUGGUCGCCCUGUUGCCCACGCCAGUACUCCUGCUGCUGCGGAAGAGGCUAUUUUUGGCUACUUCGUGCCUGCCAAUCUUGGUGGCGGGUAAGAGUAGUGCAUCAUACUCUAAAAGUUGUGUUUUUGAGAUGAUGCCUAAGGGCAUGUAGCGCCAUUCUCUUUUGUUGUUAUAAGUUUAACUUUCUUUUGUGGUUAGGAGUUGAGGGGUUUUGUCUCCUCCUAGCUCGUUUUUGUUGUAAAUUUUUGAAAUCAGUUGCAUGCUUAAUACUUGUAAUAUAAAUAUUUAUUAUUCGC